AUGUCAUCCGUGCAUAAUUCUUUCAUUUUACCACCUAUUGCAAUUAAUAAUAUUAAUGAUGAUACUAAUUCAAUUGAUUCCACUAAUUCCGAAAUCCAAAUAUCAGAAAAUCAAAUUCAAGAAUAUCAAGAUAUCCUUAAACUUUUAGCGGAUGAAAAUGAGACCAUUCGUUUGACGGAGGAUUUGGUCGGUCGUCAAGUUACGAAUGACGUUGUGACAAAUUUCGUUUCUCAAGCCGCCAUUCAUCUUUCGAACCGUCAAUGGAUUCAUUAUGGAAAUUCGACCGCGCGACUUGAACUUCACCUUCGUGCCAUGUCUUCAGUGUUACACAUAUUCUCACAAUUGGUUGCUUGUGAAUCCGGUCCAGCGAUUGAAUCAAGAAUCCGAGAAUCGCUUUAUAAAUCCGUCUCAAAGUUUUGGGCCACUUAUCGAACUACAAAGGUUAUAAACGCAAAUAUCACGUUCUCCCUUCGUGAAAUACGAACGUGUUUAAGAAAGAUUAAGGAUGAUCAAUCAACUAUGAGUAAUGUACUUGGCACGACUAGUAAUAUUUUGGAUGUUAUACUUAGUGUUAUGAAUAAAGAAUACUGGGCUGCGUUUGGUGCCUUUAUUAAAGUCUUGGAUUUUGAAUAUACCGCCGGAGAAUGGUAUUAUGAUUGGCAAACGAUACGCGUUGGCUUUUUCAAAUUACGUCAGGAUUAUUUGAAAUGUAAUCUUGAACCGGAAAAAUCGGAAAGGAUCACUCAAUUUUAUAAACAUUUAUAUGGUUUAUCAACCGAAGAAUUCAAAAAGGUUAAAAGAAAAAAUACGAAAUUCCGAAAUUUCGAAUAUAAAAUACUUAAAUCCGGAGGGAGUUUGACGGGGUGCUCGUUACCCGAUCAUAUCGAUACCCUUUUAAUAGGGUAUUUAGAUUUGAUACAAAGGAUGCUAACAGAGUUCUUUCUUCAUAUGAAGUCAAAUAUUCAAGAAAUUAUUGGAUUUUGUAAUGAGAUAUACGAAUCUCAUAUUAAAAAACAAUUGACCUUUAAAGCAGUUGAAGUUUUAUAUGUUACGAGGAAAAUCAGUAAAGGGGAAGAAGUCAAGAAUAUGAUUAAAGUGGAUUUCAAAUAUUUCAAAUCUCGACGUUCCACCCUUGAUUCUCUUAAUUCUAACUCUACGAUUCCUCCACGGCCUUUAUCUUCUCCCGGAUCCAUUCCUUUUUUCAAUCUUCCACUACGUAACUCUCGUAACAUACCUUUCUCAUUUACAAAACCUUCUUUGAAUCCCACAACAUUACCUUCUUAUUCUGGUUUUAAUCGAGAAUCUAUUCAACAAUUCACACCCCCUGACACUCCAGUUUCAGAUACAUCAUUUUCAUCUCAUGAACGAAAACGAAAAAGUAGAUUUAGUAACUUUCGCAAUUCUAUCAGAAUAAAUUCAAAAUUACGUGAAAUUCCAUCCAGAGUAUCGAUUAAUGUUCAACAAAUUCGUCAACAAAAAGAAUACAGUUUACGUAAUCGUAUCGUUGAUAACGUAACUCAAUUAAUGAAAGAAAGGAAUAUGAUUGUCAAGAUGGUUCAAGAAGUUAGAGAGAUCAACAAAGAGAUUAAAGAAAAUCAUGAACGAAAUAAUUCAUCACAAGAUGUUUCUUCAAAGGACGAAAGAAGUAGUUGUAGUAGUUCUAGUCGUGAUUCUUUAAUAAGUGUGAAAACAAGAAAUGAGAUCCCUAAAUACAUUACAAUUCACAAUACAUAUUAUAUUAAUAAUGAUAACAGGAAAGACCAGACACACAUUGAAGAUAAUAAAAAUAAUACAAAUGUGGAUACCCCUCGUCUACAACACGCUAACAUAUCACAUGAAGAGAAGAAGGAAGGUGAAAAAGAUGAAAAUUCAAUUGAUAAAGUGGAUAACGAUUUACCGAAAGACCAGACACAUAUUGAAGGUUAUAAAAAUAUUGCCAAUGUGGAUACCCCUCGUCUACAAUACGAUAACAUAUCUAACAUAUCACAUGAAGAGAAGAAGGAAGGUGAAAAAGAUGAGAAUUCAAGUGAUGAAGUGGAUAACGAUUUACCAAAAGUUGAAGAAGAAAUUAAAUAUCAAAAUUAUUUGGAUAAUGAAUUCACUUUUACAUCCUUCAAACAUAUCACAAACGAAGAAAACGAACCUGUUGAAAUAAUAAAUCUAAUAAUUAAUUAUCAACGUUGUGAUGAAGAGAAUCAUCAAAUUACAAUAAAUGAAGGUGUUGAAUGUUGUUAUAUGCAACAUAUGGAUGAAGUAGAACUCGAAGAAAUCUUAAGUCAUCAAAAAUAUCUGGAAGAUGAACAUAUUUUAGACAAUGAAAAAUUAUCGAAUGAUGCUGUUGUGAAUGAAUGUGUACAGGAUUUAAUCAUUUCAACAGAAACUCUUAAAGAUAAUGAAAAUUCCCUUAUAGAAGAAGAAUUUGAAGAGUUAUAUUUAGACAAUUUUGAAUUUCCAAUUACAAUAAUAACAUCAGAGGAACAUGAAAUCAAUGAUUAUGAUCAACCACCUCCUUAUGAGGAACUAUCAUCAUCUAAGUCAACACUAGUGAACUUUGAUGAGUUCAAGAAAUUCUUAUUGAAUAAUCAACAAGUAGACUCAUCAAAUCCGUUAUGGAAUGUAGAUAAUGUUAAAGAAUUUGAAGAUAUAUACUCUAAAACAUUUAAUGAAUCUAAUAUACAAGUCCAGUAUAUUGAUUUUAUUAAUCAUAUACAAUAUGAUCAAAUUAAAAAGCAUAACAUAUCUUAUAAUCCACCGCCUCCUUAUGAAGAACUUUCAUCUUCCAAGUCAACAUUUGAUGAGUUCAAGAAGUUUUUAUUAAAUCAUCAUAAAGUCGAUCCAUCUAAUCCAUUAUGGAACGUCGACAAUUUAAAAGAUUUCGAAGAGAUGUAUUCAAACACAUUUAAUAAUUCCAAAACGAAAGAUCAAUAUAUUCAAUUUAUCAAUAAUAUACAACAAGAAAUCGUAAUUAACAUUAUCAUUAAGCGUGAAAAAGAGUCUUCAAUACUUGAUGAAAUAUUUAAAUAUUUUGGAGUAGAAAAACUUAUAACAAACUUUUCUGAUGGUCAUAAAGCCGCGAAAAGAAAAGAUAUCAUGAAUUUAAGUGAAAAAAAUUGA